UAUACACACUGUCUCUCUCCCUCAUUCAGCGCCUGGCUCACUCUCUCUACGCUCAACACGCGCUGAUCCUCGCCUCCUCACUGCAUCUGUCCUCUUCUCCCUGAAGUGAGGUACCAUGCAUCCUGCUCUCUCCUCCUCCUUCUCUUCUCCGCUUGUCUGUUAUCAUUCCAGGGUCUCUUUAUCAAACAGAGCAUUCUUGCUGCAAAGCCGGCGACCGUAAAGACUGUGUUACUUGCUCAAAGGACUUUGGAGACGGGACAAGGUUGUUUUGCCGGGUUUGAGGACAGCUGCCGGAAACGCUGCUGUUGUUGCCGCUUUCUGUUGGGAUGCGAACCUUUGCGGGGCCUCUGCUUGCUGUGUAACGACGCUUGACUCCUUUCAAAGUUGCAGAAGGGCAGACGUCAAUCAAGAAUCUCAUCCUUGUUUCUCUGAGAACACUGACAACUCGCCGUGUGUGGAGUCAGACCGGCACAGGAUCCCCAUCUCAACCCCUCACACACUGACCAGGACUGCACUGCUGCUAUGUCCGAUCUUGACGCAACAUCAGCUUGAGAUUCUUCUCCCGAAAGUUACUGAACAAUCUCAUGCUCCUAUCAUUCCUGCCUGUGAUUUCCAUAUGAGAUUCAGCAGCACCAGGCAGAACUGGCCUGGAUCACUGACUUUCAACUUCACAUAAGAACAACAAGGACUAAAUCUGAGUUCCACGGACAGAAACAAGACUGUUUAGUACUUUAAGGUCACAAACAAAGCCCUGUUUGUAUUGGAGCAGCUCUAGUGGCCUUUGCCAACAGCCAUGCAGGUAUCUUUUGCAUGCACGGACCACGGGCUGAAGGCUCCGCGUAACGGCGAGCACAGCAAGCAGAACGCCACCAGCCCCAACACAGCCAGCAAGGCCCGCGCCCGCUUCCGCACGGUGGCCCUGAUAGCUCGCAGCCUGGGCUCCUUCACCCACCGCUACCACCACAACCUCAAGGAGUCCACUGCCAAGCUCACCGGCAUGAAGUAUCGGAACCUGGGGAAAUCUGGGUUGCGUGUCUCCUGUCUGGGCCUGGGCACAUGGGUAACAUUUGGAGGUCAGAUCUCUGAUGAGGUGGCAGAGCAGCUGAUGACUAUCGCCUAUGAGAGCGGGGUUAACCUGUUCGACACGGCGGAAGUGUACUCCGGGGGGAAAGCGGAGAUAAUCCUGGGAAACAUCAUCAAGAAAAAGCUCUGGAGGAGAUCCAGCCUGGUGAUCACCACAAAGCUCUACUGGGGAGGAAAAGCAGAGACAGAGAGAGGCCUCAACAGAAAGCACAUCAUUGAAGGUUUAAAGGGCUCCCUCCAGAGGAUGCAACUUGAGUAUGUGGAUGUGGUUUUUGCCAACCGGCCAGACAGCAACACUCCUAUGGAGGAGAUAGUGAGAGCAAUGACGCAUGUGAUCAACCAGGGGAUGUCCAUGUACUGGGGGACGUCCCGGUGGUCUGCCAUGGAGAUCAUGGAAGCAUACUCUGUGGCCAGGCAGUUUAAUCUAAUUCCACCAGUGUGUGAGCAGGCAGAGUAUCACUUCUUCCAGAGGGACAAAGUGGAAACGCAGCUGCCAGAGCUCUACCAUAAGAUAGGUGUGGGUGUGGUCUCUUGGUCACCUUUGGCCUGUGGAAUCAUCACUGGGAAGUACGAGAACGGCGUCCCAGAAUCCUCCAGGGCCUCAAUGAAGCCAUACCAGUGGUUGAGGGAGAAAGUGAUGAGUGAGGAUGGGAGAAAACAACAAGCCAAGCUGAAGGAACUGGCUCAUAUCGCAGAGAAGCUCAGUUGUACUUUGCCGCAGCUAGCCAUAGCCUGGUGUCUGAGGAACGAGGGAGUGAGCUCAGUGCUGCUGGGAUCCUCUAAUCCAACCCAGCUAACAGAGAACCUGGGAGCCAUUCUGGUAAUUCCAAAGAUGACAGCAGGCAUUGCUUCAGAAGUGGAUCAUAUACUGGGAAAUCGUCCUCACAGUAAAAAGGACUACCACCAUUAGAAUUGAAUCUGUUUUAGUUAACUAUGCUUGAAAAAGCUUAUCAAAGCUCACUUCUCACAGCCAUGGCACUAUAAGUGCGUGCCCAACUUUGCUUGUUGCGCGUAUGACUGUAUGUGUGACUGUGUAAAGUGAUCUACUUGGCUCCUUGUCUGUACGAAGAUCAACCAGUAUCAUUAUUGUAAAGUGAGCUACGACAAAACAUGCAUGCUACAGCUACAGUAUAUCAGCCGACCACUGGACUGAACAACAAUGGUUAGAAGAUCCUCUGAGAUGAUUUCUGGACAGAAUUCUCAUUCGCUCCAACAAGUUGCUGGAGCACAAAUUUAAAGAAUAAAAUAACAUUAGAUUAUGGAGAAAUACAUGACUGCACGACGACACAACAAGCAUGUGCCGGUUACCGGCAAUUAUGAUGUUCUGAAUAAGGGUGUUAUUGCAUCACGAAAAGAAAACUCAAGAGGCAUUUAUUGUCCACAAAGUAUCACAUAAGCUCAUGGCAGUGCAGUAAAUGAAACAUAAAAAAAUAUUAGGUGUAUCAAAUUGUACCCAAUGUUACAGAAAUCUACUUUACUAGAUGUUUGUGAUGUGACGAAAACAAAUCAAUGAUGACGUGUUUAAUUGGGCCUGUCCUCAGCAGACUGGAUGAUAUGUUUACAUGCAGCACGAGCUGGCCUGUAAACCUAAUGAAUUAUUUCAGUAGGCUACUGGAUUAACUGAAAUUCUGCUCACAAUGUGGUUGGUAAUACCAAGAGAGCUAAAUUCAAUUAAAACAUGUUUCAAAACAUUUGUACUGGCAGCUAUGUCGGAAUGAGCUUUUCAUCUCCUUGUGUUGUAUUUUUCCUUUACUUUAAACUGAUGCAAAAGUACAGCAUAGUGUACUUCCCUAUUGUGCCCUUUUCAACCCAAUUUAAUUUAGACUAUGCCAGACUUUCUGUCAGUGAGGAUAAUGUCUGACUUAUUUAAUUUCAGUGUGUGUUGUGGCUCAAACUUUUGUAUAGUUGAAGUUGGGGAGAUGAUCCUCCUGAGGGGAGCUUGUGAAUUUAACAAACAAAAAGCCAUGUAGCUGAUGAAGAGACUCAGUAAAAAAAAUAAAAAAAUAAAGAAACAUAUGGACCCCUGCAGUUAUUGCACCUGGAUCUCUUACCCAACUUCUCUCAGAUGCCAGUUUUACAUAAUAGGAUGUUUGUUGUUAUGUCCAAACAUGUAUUUUGGUGUCCUUUAUUAGAUUUGUACAUUCAAAUAAAGAGCUUAUAAUUAUCAUGUGAUAUGUUUUAGAAGAUAUAUAUAGUAAUUUUCUAAUAAUGUUAUGGAUGCCUUCCAAUUUUGGCCUCUAAUAAAUUGAAAUAACAAAGCUAGUCGAAGACUUCUUGUUUGCUGAGUUACAUUGUAAACCGCAGUAAAAAAAAAUGUGACUUGAAACACUAUGCCGUAGUUACUGCUGUUUGCUGUCGGGGUUUGUCUGUGUCUUCCUGUUUUAUAAUUAAAUAAUGUGUGAAU